AUGACAGUUACUAAGCCGGAGUUUUCAGCUUCACAAAAUGAAUCCACUAAACAAAAAGAAUUUAAUAAUGCACAAAAUACAUCUCCGGUUCCAUUUUUUACUCUAUGGGAUUAUUUCAAAGAUGAAUUAACAGCAUCUGAAUUUGAUACUUUACAAGAACUUAAAAGAGAAAGGGUGACCAAUUUUCUUGGUAUUCCAUGUUCAAUUGAAAAACUCAUGAUUUUCGGAUUUUUCAUUUGUUUAGAUUCUUUUUUAUAUACACUCACCAUUCUCCCUUUACGUGUAAUAUUUUCUUUUUAUUCAUUAAUCACGAACAUUGUGUUAUUUUUUAAUAACGAAAAUAGCAAUCAACGGAGAUAUAGUAUAUUAAAUUUAUCACAGAAAUGUGAUUUACUUAAAGGCUUACUUAUAAUUUUGGUUUGUACAGCACUUCAAAGUGUAGAUGCAUCACGAAUAUAUCAUAUAAUCCGGGGACAAUCUGUUAUUAAAUUAUACGUUAUCUUUAACGUUCUUGAAAUUUUCGAUCGACUUUGUUGUUCUUUUGGUGGAGAUAUUCUUGAUUCUCUAUUUUCUAAAUCAACACUUGGGAAAAGAAAGGAUGAUUCUGACAAUAAUAAUAAUAAUCCAAAUUGGAGAACAAUUAAAUUUUUCAUUUUGGCAUUAAUUUAUAUCCUUACACAUUCAAUAGUUUUAUUUUAUCAAUCCAUUACUCUUAACGUAGCAAUCAACUCUUACUCAAAUGCUUUAUUGACUUUAUUAUUAUCAAAUCAAUUCAUCGAAAUUAAAGGAUCUGUGUUUAAAAGGUUCGAAAAAGAAAAUUUAUUUCAACUAAGUUGUGCUGAUAUAGUUGAACGGUUCCAAUUGGCCAUUUUUUUAUCAGUGAUAACUGUUCGUAACUUGAUUGAAUUGUCGGGAUCUCCACCUUCACCAUUUUCCAUAUUACCCGCAUCAUUCAUUCCAUUAUUUCCGGCAAUGACUACUGUUGAGACAUUAAUGACUCCAGUAUUAUUUGUAUUGUUGUCUGAAUUGUUGGUUGAUUGGUUAAAACAUGCAUUUAUUACAAAAUUUAAUCAUAUUCGAACAAGUAUCUAUGAUAGAUACAUCGACGUACUAUCAAAGGAUCUAGUAAUUGGGAAUCCAACGAGAAAUUCUGAUGGAAUGAAUAACAAUUUUAGACCACAAAAAAUUGUUGAUCAGUCACCAAUGGUUUCUCGUCGGAUCGGAUUUGCUGCAUUCCCAUUGACAUGUUUUACGAUUAGUAUGACUUUACAAACUGUUUCAAUGAUUUAUGAUUUGAUACAAGAUAUGGAAGAUGAUCCAAAAAAUAUGCCAAUUGUUAAUGUUGCUACACAACCUCCUAUUGUAUGGAUUUUAUGCGGGAUUUUAGCGUAUGUUAUGUUGAUAUUAUUAAAAUUACUAGUUGGAAUAAAUUUACUUGGAUUUGCUCAUAGAAGAUAUGCUAGUAUGGAAACGCGUGAAGCAGAAGAGAGAGCGCAAGCUAAAAAAUUUGAAGAACAUGUUCUUGCAGAAAAGGAAGAAAGAGAAACUAAAAGUCAAGUCCUUGAAAAUUCAAAUGACAAUCUAAAAAAACCAGAAGUAACGUUGGAUAAUAUUGACCGAUAUACAUUAUUUAAAAGUCGUAUUCCUUGA